AUGAUGAUCCUUAUUCUGGGAAUUGAAAAUGCGGGAAAAUCCACAUUACUGCAGCAAUUGGAAGUAGGUGAUAUCUGCAGCGAUCUAGGGCGUUCAGUUCCCGUAGAGUUCGUUGAGUAUAAAAAUGUCGUCGUGUUAUCCUGGGACCCAAGUAAACUUCAGGAUAUCUAUACAUCCCCGGGAGAAUGCUAUAGGUACAGCAAAGCUUUCAUAUUUGUUGUGGAUGCCACAGAUACAGAACAUUUAAGAAGAGCGCGCAUUGAGCUUCAUCGGAUAAUGUCCACAAACCCGCUCGGUAGUCGGCCUCUUUUAAUAUGGUCAAAUAAGCAAGAUCUGCCAGAGGCGCUGUCGAAUCGAGAGGUCUGCAGACGCCUGGGAAUAAGCAGCAGACUCAAUUCGCCCUGGCUGGUACAGGACGUUUCAGCUCUAUCCGGAAAGGGAAUAUACGAAGGGUUGCAAUGGCUGACUACAGUACUAGAGAGCAAACACAAGGGCAUUUCAAUCAAUGAUCAACCGCCUAGCAUCCCUGAUCAACCGGAAGAUUCUUCUGAUGAAGAUGCAUUCAACGACGAUAGUGAUUUUGCUGUGGAUAGUGAACACGAAACCGUGAUAAAGCUUGUUUAA